AUGCUUGCUCUGCUAUUGCAUGGCAGGGAACUCUUCGACCGUAUGGCUGCGGGUCGAUGCUCCAACCGACACCGGCCCUCGACCUCAAUUGAGGAGACUCUCCCCGACAGCCAGACGUGGAGAUGGAGAGAAUCUACUGCACCGUACGGAGGUAUUUCUUGGUUCCCUCCUCCUCCUCCUCCAAAACACAGACACAGACCCAGACCCAGACACAGACACAGCAUUCUACUGUACAAAGUAGAGAACACAGCGCUGACGGCACCUUCACCGCCAGCGGAAUGGGCUCAUUGGAGAGGGGACGUCCCGUUGCACCGUGAUACAGUGCUCGCUCCUCGCUUCAUCCAUCCGGUGGAGAGAGGGGAGAGACGAGAGGGGACAGCACAAAGAGAUGCAAGACUCAAGACUCAAGACUCAAGACUCAAGACUCACGAGCAGAGGCUGGGCUCCCGGGCUUGA